GUACUUGGACGGACGCGAGCGCCAGAGCCCGCGGUACGACCAGCGCGCGUACCACCGCUGCCCGCUCGACUGUCUGAUUUCCGUCGCGUAUCGCGAGCUUUCAGUUUUCGAUAGCGCCAAAGCCGAUAAGAAGCUCUUUCUAUAGUUUUCGAUAAGAUGACUACGACCAAGUCCGAUUAUCAGCAGCGUCACUACGGAGUGCAACAGCAGUACGGCGAUGAGCAGCAGCAGGCCGGCGGCGCCCAAUACAGUCCCGCCUCGCAGCACGAGGGGGCGGACCUGUCGCCCCACUCGCGAUCGACCACGCCCCUCGAAUUUACCGGCGCCACUGUCGUCUACCCCGCCGGCGCCGCCACUGAACAACAGGCCCACCAGGAUCAUCACCAACAGCAGCAGCAGGACAAUUACCACACGCUGAUACGGGCGGACAACGGAACGUACUUCAGAUUGGACGAGGUCCCUAUAGACGCCACUGGUGCCUUCCUCCACCUGAGCCAAGCCACGCCGAACUCCAAUGGAAACUCACCCUACAACAGCGAAUCUCCAAGUCCAACAUCUCCCAAUCGGACAACUGGAUAUACGAAUUUGGGAAUAGCUGUGGCGCCCUCCAGUGAUGACCAGCAACAACACACGAUAAUAGAAGCAAGCACGGCACAGUUAACUCAGCUAACUAGCCAUAUUAGCUAUACGGGUGAACUGGAUUCGUCGGGAGUACCCAACACGAUAAGCAGUUCGAUUUAUUCAAGAAACACCCCUCACUACAACAAUACAAUGCAUUACUAUAAUACAGGGUCUCCGGAUUUACACACACAGAAUCAGAUGUGGCAAAAUGCAGGUGUUGCUCUUGGAACCACUCUUCCUGGUGAAGACUACCAGAAAACAGCAACUUCUGCGGCAAAUGCCCUUCCAGCUUUCAACCGACUUCCUACGUUCCAGACUGCUCCUAGAAGUACUACAUCAUACCCAACGGCAACGGCGUACACGGAAUAUGCUGCUUAUCCAGACCAGACUGGCGCUUACAACAUCACAUCUCCCACCUCGUCAAGGAAUAGAAUGAGUGCAGCCAGCACAUUAUCAGCAAUUGGUGGACCAGCCGAGUACUUUACCGAAGGUAGGGAAUGUGUCAACUGUGGCGCCAUAGAUACACCUUUAUGGCGAAGGGAUGGUACCGGUCACUACCUUUGCAACGCCUGUGGCCUUUAUCAUAAGAUGAACGGCAUGAACAGGCCCUUAGUCAAGCAGCCUCGUAGAUUGUCUGCAUCACGGCGAGCUGGUCUUACCUGUAGCAACUGUCACACAGUCACAACUUCUUUGUGGAGAAGAAACACUAUAGGUGAGCCUGUGUGCAAUGCGUGCGGCCUCUACUUCAAACUACAUUCUGUCAACAGGCCUUUGUCGAUGAAGAAGGAUACUAUACAGACGAGAAAGAGAAAGCCCAAGGGUAGUAAGUCGGGUCAAUCAAACAACGGCGGUCAAAUAGCUCAGAGACAUGGAAUUAAUAACAAUAGGAUUAAGGUGGAGAAAAUAGUCAAAAUUGAAUCAUCAUUGGAUCAAUUUGGUCUUACGCACUUACAACAAACCACACCCACAAACUUCCUCUACAACCAGGGAUACCAACGACUCAGUCCCACCUAUUCAUCACAAUCCCCACAAAAUCUAACGCAAGCAGACUACAGCGUCCUACAUCACAAUACAAGUCCCAGUCCACAAUCGAAUACGUCAGACUUGCACUCCGAGUCGCCUCAUUCGCCACUUAUUUUGCACAACAACAAUAACAACAACAAUGGUAAAGUUUUAAUUAAUGGAGAGCACACGUAUGAAAGACCGACGGUUGUGUCUAUAUCGUCCUAGAACCGCAUCACGAAAUUUAAUUUAAUUCUAUGAUAUUUUAUGUGUUACUGAAGAGACAUUAGUGAAUAUUAUUGAGGGGUUUGAUGUUAAAAAUCCUGUGUAAAUAAUUUACACAAACAAUUUGGGAUACACUAUCCAAUAUGUCAUCUUAGAAGGUGAUAUAUUUUUUGAGAGAGUGUUUUUGGGACAUAUAUGUAUUUGAAACUGUGUAAAAAGUGUACACAAUCAACCAUUGAUACUAUUCUAAAUUCGGUAGCUAUAAAGCUACAAGGUACAAAGUUUCUUUGAUAAAACAUCGUCAAAGUAGGCGUAGAAAUAUUAUUUUAGUUCGAGUAUUAUUGUCUAUCGUUGAAUCUUUCUACGGUGACUACUAUACUAUAUACUAAGUUAAUUUCAACAUAAACUUUAAAUGAUUUAAAUCUUAAGUCCUUGACUUAAAUCAUUUUCUCUAAAGUUAAGUCAUUUUCGUAAAGACUUAAAUCAAUGUAAUAUAAUUUAAGUCAUUUUUAUGUCAAGACAGUGAAAAUUCAGAUGAUGUAUCAUAAAAUUAUAUAAAAAUCUGACAGCCUUUUAUAAAAAAAAUUAUAUCUUUUUAAAAAAUUUAGCCUUUUUCUAACGAGUUAAUUCUUUUACUAUUUCGUAAUAAAGAUUUAAAUCACAAAUUAUUUUGUCUUAAGUCAGCUUUCGAAAAAUGACCCAAAAUCAAAUGACUUAAGUCAUUAAAAAUACUUAAGUUUCCUGUGAGCUUAGAGCUCUGAUGUACAGGGUGUCCCACUAAGGAUAGCUCUCGGCUGUAUCUCGGAAAGUAUUAGCCGUAGAGCCUACGGAAAAAAAUAUUU